CGGAGCCGCCCGACCCGGGUGCGCGGAGGAAGCGCAUGGCGGCGGUGGGGCCGCGGGCCGGCCCGGGCGCGGGGGCCGAGGCGCUGGCGCUGGCGGCAGAGCUGCAGGGCGAGGCGACGUGCUCCAUCUGCUUAGAGCUCUUCCGCGAGCCGGUGUCUGUAGAAUGCGGCCACAGCUUCUGCCGCGCCUGCAUCGCGCGCUGCUGGGAGCGCCCCGGCGCCGGGGCCGCGGCCGCGCCCCGCGGGCCGCCCUGCCCGCUGCCCUGCCCGCAGUGCCGCGAGCCCGCGCGCCCCAGUCAGGUGCGGCCCAACAGGCAGCUGGCGGCGGUGGCCACACUGUUGCGGCGCUUCAGCCUGCCCGCGGCCGUCCCGGGGGAGCUCGGGUCCCCGGAGGCGGCGGCCACCUCGGCGCCUGCCGGGUGCGCUCAGCACCGCGAACCGCUCAAGCUCUACUGCCAGGAUGACGGACGCGCCAUUUGCGUGGUGUGCGACCGCGCCCGCGAGCACCGCGCGCACGCAGUGCUGCCGCUCGACGAGGCGGUGCAGGAGGCCAAGGAGCUCUUGGAGUCCAGGCUCAGGGGCUUGAAGAAGGAACUGGAGGACUAUGAGGUGUGCCGGGCCACAGAAGAGAAGGAGAGCAGGGAGCUCCUGAAGCAGAUGGCCGCUGAGCGGGAGAAAGUAGGGGCAGAGUUCCAGGCGCUGCGGGCCUUCCUGGUGGAGCAGGAGGGCCGGCUGCUGGGCCGCCUGGAGGAGCUGUCCCGGGAAGUGACACAAAAGCAGAAUGAGAACCUGACCCAGCUCGGAGGUGAGAUUGCCCAGCUCUCCAAGCUCUGCAGCCAGCUCCAGGAGACAGCUGGAAAGCCUGACCUCGAUUUUCUCCAGGAAUUCAAAAGCACACUGGAUAGGUGCAGCAAUGUGCCUGGCCCCAAGCCAACCACAGUCUCUUCUGAGAUGAAGAAUAAAGUCUGGAAUGUCUCCCUUAAGACCUUCAUCUUAAAAGGGCUGCUGAAGAAGUUUAAAGAAGAUCUUCGGGGAGAGCUGGAGAAAGAGGAGAAAGUGGAGCUCACCUUGGACGCCGACACGGCCAACCCGCGCCUGAUCCUCUCUCUUGAUCUGAAGAGCGUGCGCCUCGGCCAGCGGGCCCAGGACCUGCCCAACCACCCCCGCCGCUUCGAUACCAACACCCGCGUCCUGGCGUCCUGCGGCUUCUCCUCUGGCCGGCACCACUGGGAGGUGGAAGUGGGCUCCAAGGACGGCUGGGCCUUCGGCGUGGCCCGCGAGAGCGUGCGUCGCAAGGGCCUCACGCCCUUCACCCCCGAGGAGGGCGUCUGGGCUCUGCAGCUCAACGGUGGCCAGUACUGGGCUGUGACCAGCCCUGAGCGGACGCCCCUCAGCUGUGGGCACCUGUCGCGUGUGCGGGUGGCCCUGGACCUGGAAGUGGGAGCUGUGUCCUUCUAUGCCAUGGAGGACAUGCGCCACCUCUACACCUUCCGCGUCAACUUCCAGGAGCGUGUGUUCCCGCUUUUCUCUGUCUGCUCCACCGGCACCUACUUGCGAAUCUGGCCGUGA